AUGUUUUCUUCUUCUUCUACUUCUCCUCUUUUAUUCUCCAUUUUUAUUUCUGCCCUAAUUUUAUUUACAAAUGUUGAAGCAAGAGGAGGUCGGCGUGGAGGGAAAGGACGUGGAAAAACAAAUCUUCAAUUCGCUCAAGUUGCUGAAUUUAGUUUAAUUUCUUCUCAAUUGCCUGAUAAUAGAGUAGAAUUAAUUUGUAAAGCUUAUGGAGAACCCCGUCCAAUGAUUAAAUGGUAUAAAGAAGGUGCAGAAAUGCAACCAAAACCAAAUGUUCAUUAUUAUGAAAAACCUUUAAGCAAAAAUAAAAUUUGGAGUAAAUUGGAAAUUGACCCAGCAACAAUGGGUGACCAAGGAAUAUAUGCUUGUGUUGCUAAUAAUCAGUAUGGGGUGAUGGCAAAAAAUUUUAAAGCUGAAUAUACUUAUUGAAAAUUUAAAAUAUUUUUUAAAUC